CUCCGUUUUCUUUUUUGCUGUAAACGUUUUGUGCCAGAAAAAUUACAAUUUCCUUCAAAUUUUCAAGGAAAAAAACUUGCUAUUUGUAAAAAUUAUACAUAGAAUCAUGGAAUUGUAAUUGAAAAAACGGAGAAUAAGUUCCCAUGGACGUUGUGAGAACAAGAAAGUUGUAAAAUUUCCUGUUCAUUGUGUGGCUUUUUAUCUAAGAAAAAGGGGUGCUUGAAAGCGACAUCAAGUCAGCUACAGCCAAGCGAAAAAUAAGAAGAAGAAGAAGCAAUUCACAACCAGCCAACCCUUUCAAGAGCAUUCCUUUGUGGAAACUUGUGGAAAUAAUUGCAAAUCAUUUUUGCAAUAAAAAUUACCAUUUGGAAGUUGUUGACCAGAGGAAUCCCAUUAAAAUAGAAAAACAAAGGAAAUUAUGUCUGGCAGCGAGGAUGGGCAAUUACGUAGUCCCACAGAUGCCCAUAUGUUUAGGCCAAAAAGUGUGUACAUGUCCAAUGACCGAUGCGCGCGAUGGCCACGUAACAUAUUUAAACAAAAAACAUUUCCUAAACUAUCAAUUUUUUAUAAAAAAAAAAACUAAAAAAAUAUAAAAAACUACCGUCAACAACGUAAAAUAAACAACAAAAACAAAAAAGAUCCAGGAAUGGCUUUUUUACUUCAAUGGCAAGAAAUCAUAAAAGUGGAUUAUGAUAAAAGCUGAUGAAUUGUGACAGCUGUGAAACUGAUAAAAGCUGAAGGAGCUAGAAGAUGCAGAAGAGCGUACUACAUGUACCACAAAAAAGAGUGAUUUCUUAAUCCACUGCAAUGGGAAACUAUAUGCCAGAAAAAACAACCAUAUGAAAAAUGGAAUCUAGCUAUAACAACUCUGUACACCACCAAAAUACAGUUACCCAUUAUCACCAUCACUACAAAACAAUAUGGGUGGCGACGAAGAGGAACAUGAUACCGAUUCUUUGGACAUAAAACCACCACAGGCUCAAGUUGCCAGGGACUCGAGCGGUUCGCGGCGCAAAGAAAGAUCCAAAGAUAAAAAACAUUCCAAAGAACGAAGGCACAAGGAAAGAGAUCGCUAUUCAGAAGGUUCUUUGCGCGAAAAGGAUUAUAGGGAACAGCGCGAUGAGCGUCCCGAAAGACGCAGUGAUGCUGACAGGAAACAGGAAAUGAAGAGGGGUUUCGAGAGGGACGAGUAUAUGGCCAACAAUGAUAAACGCUAUCACAAGCACUACGAUCACAUGGGUGCCGGAGUAAUGGGAGAAAACAAUUCCAGAUCAAGGGGAGGUAUAUAUCAUCAAGAAAUGGGUGGCGGCGGCGGGGGCUAUCAUCAUGGCCAUCCGGAACAUCAAUAUCAUCAGUAUCACAUGCACCAACCACCCAGAAGCCACCAGGAUUAUUAUGAUCAUCGACGACAAGACUAUCACCAGCAGCAUCAUCAUCACCAAACACCCACCGAUUAUCACCAUCACCACCAACAGCAGCAGCAUCAGCAAAGACAUCAACAGGCCUAUGAAAACGCCCGCAGCCACAAACACUAUGAACAGCGCAAGUACUAUGACCAGGCGGCCAAGGACCCCGAGAGUCUGGAACAAGACCUGCGUUCUCGUUUGCUAAGCAAACGCCACAAAUAUGUGAAGGAUGAUGUCAUGGAUGUUGAUGAUGGUGGCCUGAUGUACGAACGCAACGAAAGGCUGUACGACGAAAGGGAAAGCAAAUCCGAACGUCAUAAGGAGAGAAGGCGAAAAGAUCGUGACAACAAUGAUGUUGUGCUCGUCGAUGAUAGUUCCGAAGUGGAACGUCAGAGGCGCCGCAAAAAACACAAGCGCCACAAAGACAAACAUGCCAAACAGCACCAGCGUUAUGUGAAUGAGGAGGAAGAUGGCGAGGAGGAGGAGGAAGAACAAGGGGUGGCGGCUGAGCGACCAGAGAAAAAGGAGUCGGCCAAAAAACCAGCCCCAGAAUCUAAAGACAAAAGUCCCGAAGACCCCGAACUGGUAGCUAGGCGAGCCAAAAUUUUGGCAGCCGAACAGGAGAAAGAUAAACGCCGUGAUAUUGCACGCAAGGAAUUGGAGGCACGUCGUGAGAUGUUGCGAGAACGUGGAUCCAUUGUGGAUGCGUUGAGUCCCACCGCUGUGGCGGCCAGUGUUACCGCCAGUCUACAUGUUGUCAAACGCAAACACAACGACAAGGAGGAGAAGGCGAAACGUAAACGUCUUAAGAAAUCCAAAGAACAACAGGACAAUGAUAAUGACGACGACGACGAUGAGGAGGAAGAUUCCGAAUCUGAUUCAUCCGAUGAAGAUUCCCAAGAAAGCGGCAAUGAAGGUUCAGAAAAAUCCGAUGAUGAGUCCGAGGAUUAUCACAGUGAUCGCAGCGCUUACAAAAAGGCCAAAACAAAAAAGAAAAAAUCCGAUUAUGUGAGUGAGGGUGAAAUCUCUGAUAGUCCUUUGUCGGUGGGGGAAAUUUCCAAGUCCCCGGAGGCCCGAAAAUCAAGGCACGACAAGAAAAAGAAGAGCACAAAAGUGGAAGAAGUGAAGGGUGCCGGAGGGGAGAAAAACAAAACGACUAGAAACACAGAAACUGUUUCACUUUCUCCCAGCCUCAGUACAAGUUCGCGCUCUCGCUCCCACACACCAGCUGAGUCACGUUCCAGAUCGAGAAGUCGAUCGCGAUCAAAAUCCUAUGUUUCACGUAGUUCUCGGUCACGCUCAAGUUCUGCCUCGUCGGCUCACAGCCGCUCCCGAUCACGUUCAAGAUCUCCCCGUUCACAUUCUCGUUCCCGGUCCAGGUCUUCGCACAGUUCACGCAGUAGAUCAAAUUCCAGAUCACGCUCCAGAUCGCGUUCUCGAUCCCGGUCACGCUCCGAGGAACGUGACAUGAAGGCAAAUUCCAAGCGGGAAGAAAAGGAAAACAAAGACAAUGAGUUGAACAAUAAAAAACCGGAAGAGUCUGACACAGAUGCUCCGCUGCUCGAUGACAAAGGCAAUCCUUUGCCCAAUUAUUAUCCCGGCAUACAAGGCUGUCGAUCCGUGGAAGAGUUCCAAUGUCUGAAUCGCAUCGAAGAGGGCACAUACGGUGUGGUGUACCGGGCCAAGGAUAAGCGAACGAAUGAAAUUGUGGCCCUAAAACGUCUGAAAAUGGAAAAGGAAAAAGAAGGCUUUCCCAUUACAUCGCUGCGUGAAAUCAACACCCUACUCAAGGGACAACAUCCCAACAUUGUAACGGUGCGAGAAAUUGUGGUCGGCUCGAAUAUGGAUAAGAUUUUCAUUGUCAUGGAUUAUGUUGAACAUGAUCUGAAAUCGCUGAUGGAAACUAUGAAGGCCAAGAAGCAAUCCUUUUUCCCCGGCGAAGUCAAGUGUCUAACACAACAACUGUUGAGGGCCGUGGCCCAUUUGCACGACAAUUGGAUUUUGCACAGAGACCUGAAGACCUCGAAUUUGCUGCUCUCACACAAGGGUAUUCUGAAGGUGGGCGAUUUCGGUCUGGCCCGUGAAUAUGGUUCGCCGCUCAAGAAAUACACCUCCCUGGUGGUAACAUUGUGGUAUCGUGCACCAGAAUUGCUUUUAUGUUCGGCCGAAUAUUCCACACCCAUUGAUAUUUGGUCGGUGGGCUGUAUCUUUGCUGAAUUUCUACAAAUGGCUCCCAUAUUUCCGGGCAAAACGGAGGUGGAUGAGCUGAAUAAGAUUUUUAAGGAACUUGGAACCCCCAACGAAAAAAUAUGGCCCGGCUACAAUGAACUGCCCUUGGUGAAAAGUAUGUUGAGUCAAAAUUCCCAAUUUGCUGAUUACCCCGUGUCCAGUCUACGCAAGCAUUUUGCCGACAAAACCAGUGACAUGGGCAUCGAUCUGUUACAGGGCCUACUCACCUACAAUCCCAAACAAAGGCUAACAGCCGAUGCUGCACUGAAACAUCAAUAUUUCAAGGAAUUACCUGUACCCAUUGAUCCAUCCAUGUUUCCCACCUGGCCGGCCAAAAGUGAAUUAGGUGCACGCAAGGCCCUGGCCUCGUCACCUAAGCCACCCAGUGGCGGCAGCCAAUUUAAGCAAUUGGGACGUGAUGAUGUGGCCGGUGCUGGCAGUGGCGGCAAAAUUAUUUCCGGCAUCAUAACCGGCAAUAAAAAAUCCUCUGCCAAUACCGGGUUUGUGCUUAAUGCUGGGAUAGAUCAACGGCAAUUGGCCAUGGGUCCGGGAUUUAAUUUGAAAUUCUAGACUAGUUUUUAUUGUUUCGUUGUUUUUUUUUUCCAAAUUCAAUGUUGUUUUUCUGCUAUUUGUUUAAUUGGUGUUUAAUUAUAAAAAACAACAGAAAGAAAUCCUGCCUCCCACAGAUAAGAAGAAUAAUCUUCGCUCAGAUUUGUAGUUUAAUUCAAAACUAAAAUUAAACAAAACAUUUUUAUAAGUUUUCUUUUUUAAAUGAGAAUUUUUUAGUUUACUUUUUUUAAUUUAAUUUUUCUUUUCCUUUUUCUUCCGUGAAAUAUAUUUUAAUUUGUUUUUUUUAUAAUUACCCUAAGAUUUCAAACACUAUUCACACUACUACUUACAUAUUUACAAACAAAUUUAACUGUAAGACAUAAUAAGGAACAUUUAAAAUCAGUAAAUUAAAAAAAAAAACAAAACCAGCAACAAAAGAAAUAAAAAAAAUCUGUAAAAAAUAUAUACAAACAAAAUACAUAUAGUUUUGGAUAAAAACUUAUCAAAACA